AUGUCUCAGCCUGCCAGCGCAGUUCCGAAGCGCAUGACGACUCGACCUAAAAAUGCGACUCAGCAUCCAGGACAUAUCCUGACCGGGGGCGAAGGCCGAGUAAAGAGACGCACCAAAGCUCAAAAGGCUGCUGACGACCAGCGUGAAAAAGAGGAAAAGCAGGCAAGUGAGAUGGCUUUACAGGAAGGACAUAAGCGCGUUGCUGCAUUUCAGAAAAAAAUGCAGACAGACCAAGCUGCUGCACGCGCUGAUGCGCCAAAGCCUACUCGUCCCCGCCCACGCCCCGUAAAAAAGGUCGCAAAAGUCGCGGAGACCUCCAACUUGACGAUGACCGACGAUAAGGCCGUUAGUGCUAAUGGCAAGGGUGGUAGGGCUGGAGGUAAAUUAGCAGCCAGGGCUAACGUCGAACAUUCUGAGAGUGAUGCGGAGGAGGAGGAAGAGGAAAAGGUGCCAGUGCCAGUGGCACGCAAAAAGAAGGGGAAGAGGAUAGUUGUACCAGUGAAGACGCCAGUGAGAGAUGCAAUCGAAGCAAUGGAUGUUGAUAUCGUUUAUCAGCGAAUCACGAUGGCACGUGACGACGAUAGAAGUCUGACGAUGU